GAAAAACAUGGGAAAACUCAAUGUAACAAUACUUCGCUACCUCACAAAGGAGGAUUUUCGCAUCUUGACAGCGAUCGAGAUGGGCAUGAAGAAUCACGAACUAGUGCCGGGCGUUUUGGUGGCCGCUAUUGCAAGCCUGAAAAGUGGUGGACUUCAUAAAGUGUUGCGCGAACUGUGCAAACACAAGCUGCUCACGUAUGAACGGGGCAAAAGAUUCGAUGGAUACCGCUUGACCAACGCCGGGUAUGAUUAUUUGGCCCUGAAAUCGCUUACACUACGAGGAGCCAUUUCCGGCUUCGGCAAUCAGAUUGGUGUCGGUAAGGAAUCCAACAUCUACACCGUAGUGGACGAGGAAGGCAAGUCACUAUGUCUGAAGCUCCACCGACUCGGUCGUGUUUGCUUUCGUAAUGUGCGAGAAAAGCGUGACUAUCACGGUAAGCGGCGCCGGAUGAGCUGGCUUUAUCUGUCGCGCAUUUCCGCCACGCGUGAGUUUGCUUACAUGAAAGCUUUGUACGAUCGUGGCUUUCCCGUGCCGAAACCGAUCGAUUUCAACCGGCACUGCGUCAUUAUGGAACUCGUCAACGGCUACCCGCUUACCAAUGUGUCCGAGGUGGGCAAUGUGGAGGCACUGUACGACGAUUUGAUGAAUCUUGUCGUGCGUCUUGGAAACUGUGGCGUAAUUCACAGCGAUUUCAACGAGUUCAACAUCAUGAUUACGGACGAUCAAAAGCCGAUCGUGAUCGAUUUUCCUCAGAUGGUUUCAACGUCGCAUCAGAACGCGGAAAUGUACUUCGACCGGGACGUGCAAGGUGUGCGUGAACUGUUCCGCAAAAAGUUUGGAUACGAGAGCGAAGAUUAUCCGCGGUUCAGCGAUUUGGAGCGUGACGAUGAGCUCGAUCGGGAAGUGCUCUGUUCGGGGUAUGGUUUUACGCAGGAGAUGGAGGAUGAUUUGUUAAAGGAGUAUCACGAAGAAAAUCGAACCGAAAGCUCGGAAAAUGACGAAUCCGAUGAGGGUGAGGAAGAUGCCGAUAAUGAAUCGACCGUACCGGAUUACGAGCAGGCCAGUGAAGAUCCGAUUGUCGAUGAGAAGGAGCUGGAGGAAUGCCGUCGAAAGUUGGAAGAAGAAAUUAAACUGUCCGAAGGAAAGCAGCCACAGAAGGAUUCUAAAAAAAUGGAACCGAAUGCAGCCAUUUUCAGCUACCUGGAGUCUUUGUCCUGCCAGGCUGAACUGGAACUGCCAGAACGCAACGAAGAGGAAGACAUUGAGCCGGAAAAUCUUACCAUCAUACAGCAGCGCCAGACAGUGAAAGAGGAGUUUGAUUCCAAGGAGCAAUUUGUGCAUGAAAUGGACGACACACGUCGUGCCGUAGAGUCGGACGAUCCAGAAUGCGAGCCGGAAGAUACAACUACACCGGUUGACACAUCCUCCCGACAGUAUCGUAUGGCGAUGGUGAGGAAAUUGCUUGAUGAUGCACGCAGUGUUCGAUCGUAUUCCACCACGGCCAGUACGAUUGCACCGUCGAUAGUCAGUAAUCGGAUUAAGGAUGGUAUAGAGCAGCGCGAAAAGAAGGAAAUGAAAAAGCGGCUUGUGCCGAAGGGUGAAGCAAGUGCAGUCAGACGUAUGCGAAAGGAUAAUAAUGCAACAUUGAAAGAGUAUCGUGGUUGGGAGUUUUGAAUCGAU